AGCUUGCAGGCGGUACUGAAACAUUACAGCGACAAUCGCGGCGCCGUGGACAACGCCAUCGAGGAGACAGGACUCCUGAAGGACAACCCCAAUCUGGAUGCCUCUUUGGCCAAGGUUCUAGUCACCGAACUGAUUUUCGGGCGCAAGCAGCUCAACGGAGAGAGCAGGCCGGUGCAGACAGUGCGGAGUUAUCAGGAGAAGCUGCAGCAGGCGAUCAGCGGCUCCGGGAUCCAGAAGAAAGGCAGGUUCACCGACCCACUUGCAGCAUUAGCCGGCUGAGUUAUGGCCAAAAAGAACAAGAAGCAACAACAGGUGGAUGUUGCGCCGGCUGUCGCAGAUCCGCCAGCGGAGUUUAAACCCGGGCCUCCAGUGGAGUCCGCUCCCCAAGAGGAAGACACUAGUGCCGAAGUGUUCCUAUGGCUAAUGGCUUACAGCGUCUUGAUGUUCACGUUGCCUUUUUUGGGCUUUUACGGUGUGCGCAGCUGGCUGCAGGAAUCAUUUCCCCAUCUGGACGUAUUCACGGUCAACUGCUGGUCUGUUCUGACGGCUGUUUUAGUCGUUAAUCUAGUAGUGGCCAUGUAUGUGCUGAAGGCUUUCCGCGAGAAGUCUCCACCGCCAUUAGAGCAGGUCAAGGAGGAGGAAAAGGUUGAGGAGGAUGAUGCUGAUUCCAAAAAGGAACAGUAACUUGUUACCAUCAUGAAAUGGAAGUUAUGGAACCCAAAAUCCAUCAAAACCUACCUUUGAUAUCAAUUUAAUUUCAAUAUUUCAUUCCCAAAACGAAAACAAUCUGAGAGACAUUUGUGAGAAAGAAACAGUAAUGGGCGGAGCAUGCGCAUCUUUGAAAGGAUCAGUAACUUAGUUAAAAACUACUUUAAAUAAAUCAACAUAUGACACACUUUUAAA